AUGCCAUUUAAAUUCAAAAAGAAAGGUCUGCGACGGGAAAUUCCUAAAGAUGUGAUAUUACGAGCCAUAGAAGAGAUAUCAAAAGGAACAAAAAUAAAAACAACGGCUGAUAAAUAUAAAAUUCCUAGAUCAAGUAUGCAACGAUAUGACCCUAUAAUCCAGCCAACUUCAACUCAAGUCAUUCCAGAACACCCUGAAAGAGAAAAUCAAAAUGAAGCAGAUCCUGUUAAUUUGAAUAACAUUGCUGUCGCUAAUUCUUCCUCAUCAUUUGCUACAGAUCAAAUAACAAUUGAAGUUGCUGAAGUUGUAACCCCUGAAAUAACACACCUGAAAAGACUAAUAGAAUUAGCAGAACAAGAAAAACAAAUCAAGAACAAGGCUAAGAAAGAGAGGCAGGAAAAAAAGGUUCUCAAAAACACAGGGAAAAAACAGAUUCCUAAACUUCCAUCAGAACUAACAUCGAAUAGAGUAAAGAAGAGGCAAAUGAGCAGUAGUGAUAGCGACAUAGAAAAUGUUUUACUCACUGAUAGUUCUGAGGGAUCCUUUGCUGAAGACACGUCUGAAGAAGAGUUAGAUGAAAAUGAUGUGAUAAUGGUUGACAGAAAUUUUCAAAAGAAUGAUUAUGUUCUCGUUAAAUUUAAUGUAAAAAAGACUGUUGUGCACUAUGUCGGCCAAAUCGAAGACAUCAGUCAUACCAUGGCUACAAUAAAAUUUAUGCGGCUGAGUAAGAUAAGAAACACCUUUUUUUUCCUGAAGUAG